AAAGGGAGUUUACAAUAGAAAAGUGAAAAGUUGUGCAGCUAACAGGACAAAAGACAAGACCCAACACGAUGUUCCGCCAGAUGGAUAUGCGAGAGGCUGUCCUCUCAUCGGCAGUGAAGCGCUGCCUCCUAUACGACUCACAGCGGAACGGAAGGUUCCUUGACACCAAGGCACGAGUGCCGUCGUGCGAAAAGCCUGUGGAAAAGGCACCUCUUCGCAAAGCUCCCAGGGUCAAGGGUCGCAAGAAGCCGAAGAUGUCCGAAAUAGAGCGCAUGUUGAUGCGAAAGGUGCCAGAGCCGAAGCCAGAGGAUCCCUUCAAGCAGCUCUUUCCAAACGGACAUAAAUUCAUUGUGCCAGUGUGCUUGAAGGAGUUCUUCCAGAUCGACUGCGCCAUUCGCCCCAUAAAGCCCUAUUCGAACGCCUGGCACGAUGUGAAGGCGCCGCAGCUGGUGGAGCAGCUGAUGGCCGAGAUGAAUACCGUGAAAUCCAAAGCAAAGAAAGACAAGCUGCUCCAUAACGAUGCCGAUUUGGUCCAGCUCAAGGGUCACAAAUCAAAGGAUCGCAGUGCUAUUGACAGGCACAUCAAGCAGGUGGUGCUCUCCGUUAUGGCAGAGCCUAAGAAAUCAAGCAAGGGCAAGGGCAAGCAAUUUGCAAUGAAUACAGCUGAAGCCAAGCCCCAAGUGGCCAAAAAAGAGGGCAGCUGCGAGCCUGGCUCCAAGCUCUUGGUCCACAAAGUUGAGAAGGCAAUCCAGAAGUCACAGAAGCAAGCUCCCAAUGGAGAUAACCAAAAGAAAGAGCGCAAACGAAUCCGCAAGAGGAACAAGGGCUACGUCGCUGACAAGGAGACUGAGGAGGCUAAGCGCAACCUGGCCGCUGAAAAGUCAUUGAAGACCGAUGGAAAAGAUGCCAAAACUCUGCACACCGGAGCCAGCGGCGAACCGCAGGUAAAUUUCUUUACCGAAGAAGCCGAAGAGUUGCUGAUUCCCGGGUCUCCGAACUCAAUGGAGGAACACAAAGAGAACAUUGCCGCCGGGGAAAUGAACGAGAAGACCAACAACCUGGUCGCUAAAGAUGCAGAGAAGACAAUGGCUGCCGAUGUGAAGACUCUGGAGAAUGGGGCCAGCGGUGAACCAGAGAUGGAGCGCAUUGAAAAACCCAAGAACUUGUCAGAGGAGAAGGACAUUGGAGCCGGGGAUGUGCUGCAGGAACAGAUCGUUUUGGCCAAAGAAAACUCUCCAUAGAGUGAGUAGCUGAAACCAGAGGAGGAUCAGCAG